GUCGCCGCUCCGCGUGACCGGCCGCGAUCCCGGACGCCGGGACCGCCCGCCGGACGGACGAAUCCGCUGCUGCGGGCCAGGGGAGGUCCCUAAGCGGCUCCUCGCCAAGGAGACCAAGGAAUCUUCAAAAAAAAAAAAAAAUCCAUCCCAACUAUUUGGUUCCUGAUGCCAAGGAUGCUGCCUAAGCCUGGGAUCUAUUACUUUCCCUGGGAAGUCAGUGAUGGCCAAGUCCCUGAAGGAGGCACACUACGAACGUUCGGCAGGUUGUGCCUCUAUGACAUGACACGCUCCCUCGUGACCCUGACAGCACCGUACAAAAAUGACCAAUGUCAGCUGCUUGUCUGUACCAAGUUGGUGGAGCCUUUUGAGGCGCAUGUGGACUUCCUGUACAUGGUUCUUGGGGAGCUGGAGCAUGAAGACGAUGGAGGUUCUGUGAUAAAGGCCCGUCUGCUCACCUGUGUGGAGGGCAUGGAUCUGUCCUUGUUGGAAAAAGCCAUCUUGGAACAGAGGCUCCACUUGCAAAAGAGGCAGCAACCAAGAGAAGACUUUACAAGCCCUCCACCUGCUCCUCAUCACCUCCAGACGGGAGAGGCUCCUCCCAAUGACAGCCUUCAUCUAGAACCAGAGAGCAGGGGGCAGGAGCCCCUUCCCCAAACUCUGGACUGACCUGUUAAUGAAAGCAUACCCCAAGCUGGCCAUGGUGUCCCGUGCCAGUAAUCACAGUGCUAAGGAGGUAGAGUCAGGAGAAUCUAGAGUUUAAAGUCAAUCUGAGAUAUUAGAACCUUCCUCUCUCUCAGAAAAAAAAAAAAAGUAUCUGCUAUCCCACCCCAGAGCCCUGGAGCUGUGGCUUGUGAGGGACAUGAAGGGUUCCUGAAUGUCCUCCUGAAUAUGAAUAAAGAGUAUGA